UCACGAGGGACCUCGUGGCCCAAACCAAACUCCUAUUCCCAAUGCUAAUAGCUUGCUUAACUUUCAAGAUCUCUCUCCCUCUCAGCUAAAAAAACACAUACUAUUUACUUCUUCUUGCGCACAAUAUAAUUUGACUUUUUGUCUGAACAUCUCACAGCCUCCCAUCUACUACGGUAAUGGCGAUUUCUCAAGUGGAGGAAAAUGCAAUAACAGUGGAAGAACCUCUUCUCCCCGGCCCAAGCUCUGCCAAAGGAGGAAUCAGAACCUUACCUUUUAUUAUAGCGAAUGAAGCGUUUGAGAGGGUGUCAAAUUAUGGGCUUCAACCGGAUAUGAUACUGUAUUUAACCGGAGAGUAUGGCAUGCGAGCUGCUACUUCUGCUACCAUUAACUUCCUCUGGUCCGCUGCCACCGAUUUCACUCCCAUUGUUGGAGCUUUUAUCGCAGAUUCUUAUGUGGGUCGCUACCCCAUGAUUGGCUUUGGUUGUAUCGUCAGUUUUCUGGGAACGCUUUUAUUAUGGCUAACUACCAUCAUUCCGCAAGCAAGGCCUUCUUGUAAUGAAUUAACCAGCACAUGCGAAGAUCCAACAACAUCCCAACUUUUAGUGUUACUCUCUUCUUUUGCCCUUAUGGCUAUUGGAGCUGGUGGCAUACGGUCAUGCUCAUUGGCUUUUGGUGCAGACCAACUGGACAAGAAAAAAGACUACAGAAAUGCACGUCUCUUAGAGAGCUUCUUCAACUGGUAUAAUAUUUCAGUCAAUGUUUCACUACUAGUUGCUUUCUCAUGUAUCGUGUACGUUCAAGAGCAUAUGGGAUGGAUAUUGGGAUUUGGUAUUCCAGCUGUGCUUAUGUUGUUGUCGGCAAUUUCGUUUUUCUUGGCUUCUCCCUUCUAUGCUAAGUUGAAAGCCAAGGAGAGUGUUCUUACAAGAUUGGCACAAGUUGUUGCGGCAUCUUACAAAAAUAGAGAUAUCCAGCUGUCUUCUUUCAACAAAUACGAAUACUAUCACAUAAAGGGAUCGAUAGCUUCACCAAGCGAUAACCUGAGGUGUCUAAACAAGGCAUGCAUUAUUAGAAAUCCCCAUGAAGACCUUACCCCAGAAGGAAGAGCUUCAGAUCCGUGGAGACUUUGUACAGUGAAACAAGUAGAAGAUCUCAAGGCACUGAUCAGGAUACUCCCAAUUUGGACAACAGGAGUCUUAAUGGCGCUGACUGUGAGUCAAAGCUCUUUUCCAGUACUCCAAGCUAACACCAUGGACCGUACAUUUUUUAAAUACUUUGAAAUUCCUGCUGGCUCUUUCCCCAUAUUUGUGGUAAUUGCUUUUGCACUCUGGCUUGGUUUUUAUGAUCGUGUACUUCUCCCUAUAGCAUCAAAAAUCAAGGGUAAAUCAGUUCGCUUAAGCUCUAAAGUUAGAAUGGGAAUAGGAAUUGUUAUAUCUAUUAUAGCUAUGUUAACAGCAGCAACUGUGGAGAAUAUUAGGAGAAAUAAGGCAUAUGAACAAGGAAUUCAAGAUAACCCCGAUGCCUUAGUGAACAUGUCGGCAUCAUGGCUACUUCUGCAAAACAUUUUGAUUGGCAUAGCAGAGGCUUUCAAUACAAUUGGCCAGAUAGAGUUCUUUUACUCAGAGUGUCCCAAAAACAUGGCUAGUGUAGCACUGACUUUUGCAGCGCUGGGGAGGUCUGGUGGGAAUGUGCUAGGAAGUAUCCUUAUGAGUUCUGUGGAUAGUAUCACCGAAAAUGGAAAGCAAGGGAGUUGGGUGUCCACAAACAUAAACCAUGCCCAUUAUGAUUACUACUGUUUAGUUCUUUCUGGUAUUGGCUUUAUCAAUCUCAUGUAUUAUAUUGCAUGCAGUAAGGCUUAUGGUCCUUGUAGAGGAGAAGGAAAGGACUUCAUGCAGAUCAUUCCUAUGGAUGAGGAAAGUGAAUGUGAGUAUUAGAAGUGUCUAGUAAUGAUUAAGUUCUUCUGGGUUGUGCAACGAGUUAAUAUCCACAUAUAAUUUAUUGUAAUCUUAAGGUUGUUUUUGUUGUAUUAUGUAAUACCUAGAUUAUGCAUUACCUAGAUGCUUUAAUUACAAGAAAUUAAACAUGGUGUUCUCAUUAUGCAUGUUUGUGCUUAUCCGGUCACAUGGCAGCCCUAAGUUGGAUCUAGCCGAGUGCUGGACUUGAUACAAUUUCUAUUUUCUAUUUAUGUGAAAAUUCUGCUUUGCUGA